CAACGUUUCCUCAGCGAUGACGUGUCGUAAAGUGCCGUAAAGCGGCCCCACUCGCUUUCCGGCAGCUGUAAGCACGUGUCGAGUGCUGAGGCUUCAGGUGUUUAUCACACUAUCCGGUUGCCAUGGCGAAAAGUCUGCGCAGUAAGUGGAAGAGGAAGAUGAGAGCGGAGAAGAGGAAGAAGAAUGCGCCGAAGGAGCUGGCCCGGCUGAAGGCGGCUCUGGGUCAGGAGGGGAAAAGUGAGAUCACCAUGAAGGACGUGUGUGAGACGGCGACGCUGGUCCCGGCUCACGCGCUGAGGGACAGAGUGCAGGACGUGGAGAUGAGUGGAAAGGACGGAGAGAACGCUGGAGAGCAGAGUGAGAUGGGGCGGAUGGAGACGGACAGUAAGCGGAAGAAGGACACUCUGCUGAAUGAACAUGGACAGUACCCUGUGUGGAUGAGCCAGAGACAGGCCAAGAAACUCAAACACCAGCGCAUGGCCAAGAAAACAGGCCACAGGAAGAAGAAGAAGGGUGUGGCCUGGUAGAUACACACACCUGUGUUAUUGCGUGUAAUGUAGACAGACAGUGUGAUUCCUCUAAAACGUGCUCCAGUGUGAGACGUUUGUGGUAUUAAUGAGCUGAACGCUGCGUUUCACCGCCGUGUGACGUCUGGGCUGAGGGUGAAGGGCGGAGUUUUACUGCGUCGCUGAAGAAAACCCUCGGAUUUCUUUUUUCCUGGAACUCAGUUUAAGUGAUGAAACCCCAGUGUGUGUGUGUGUGUUCGAGAACAGAAACGUGAAAGUGUGUGUGAGAUCAUCUGUCCUGUUUCACCUUCACUAUAAAACUAAACUGCAGGUGAGACGCGACGGGAGAAUUGAGUUAUUUAUAAAAGAAGCCAACAGACGUCAUGUUUAAUCUCUGAAACGUUCAGCUCGUUAAAUAUUCAUACUUCCUUAAUAAAACUCAAAUCCAGUCGAAUUUCUUGGUUUAAUGAACUUCGUUUCUGUAUAUGUGAUUUUAUUUUUCCAGUAUAAAGCCUAACACAUUUAAGAAAUGUCUUCAACUGCAAUUAAAAUCUAAUUAUUGUUUUUAAUAAAUGAAUGCUUGGCUCCACCCCCA